CCUGCGACACACGCAGCAGUUUGCAUCAGCCAUGCGCCAGGUUCACUGUUGUUAUGGUUGGUCCUCAACAGUUUUGAACUGCAGAUUAAAAACUAACGCAACUUCCUUUCGCUACGUCGAGUGUUUAAAGCGCUAAAGUUGGAGCUUUCUGAAGUAUUUUAGCGCGUGCUUCGGUAGCUCCUGGUCUUCCUCUUUCUGACGGUCGCUGCCAUGUAGUUGUAGAGGCAGGAGAAUGAGCGGUCAGCACACUCCUACAGAUCGGACAGAGGACUACACUGUGCAGCAGGAGCAUGAACUAGAAGCUCUUGCUUCUAUCUUUGGAGAUGAUUUCCAGGAUCUGCGAAACCAGGACCCUUGGAAGGUUAAAAGGCCUCCAGAGGUGCACCUCUGCCUGCGGCCCAAUGGUCUGAAUAAUGGAGAGGAAUGCUACGUGACUGUGGAGCUGUUGGUGAAAUGCCCUCCCACUUAUCCGGACGUGUCUCCGGAGUUGGAGCUAAAAAAUGCCAAAGGUCUUUCAAACGAGAACCUCCUAAACCUCCAGAGCCAGCUGACCAAGCUGGCAGCAUCAAGAUGCGGAGAGGUGAUGAUUUAUGAACUAGCGGACCAUAUCCAGGGUUUCCUUAGCGAGCACAACAAACCCCCGCCCCGAUCCUUUCAUGAAGAGAUGCUAAAGAACCAAAGAAGGGAGCAGGAGAAAAGGGCCCAGGAGGAGCAACGCAGGAUGGACCAGCAGCGGAAGCAGGAGGAGGAGAUGGAAAAAGAGAUCAUGGCUGUAAUCCAAAGGAGAGAAGAGGAGAAACGAGAGGAAAAGAGAAGAAAAGAAAUGGCAAAACAGGAGCGACUAGAGAUCGUAGAGCACCCAUCCUCCGUGUUAGGGAGUCCACCCAGCCCUGUUGGACCAACAGCUGAGCUGACCGAGGCCAAGAAAGGCGUUGCCAACCGUCGUCGCACCACCUCUAAUACACGCCACAGACGAGACACAGUUAAUGAAGAUAACCACCGCAGCCAGGAGCUUCUUCAUUUUAACAGCAGUGUUUUUGGAGAACUUGUUGUCCAUAAGGGGAAGAGUUUAGGUGAAAGCGAGCGACUUGGACGCAGCGUUUAUUGCGGUUUUGAAGUAAAUUCUGGAGAGUUUUCUGUGAUCUAUGAGUGGUCGCUGCACUGGAGCAAGAAGAUGGGGAAGUUCUUUACCAGCCAGGAGAAAGGAAAGAUUGAGGCCUGUAAAAAGCAGAUUCAUGCAGCAGAGAAUGAGUUCAACUCCCUCCUGCGCCUAGAUCACCCAAACUUGGUGCACUAUUUAGCGCUGAGCUCCAUUGAAAAGGAGGACUGCAUAGAUGUGAACCUACUGGUUGAGCACGUGCCUGGGAUCAACCUGAACCAAAGCCUGGCAAGCCAGACCCCAGUUCCUCUGGAUAAACUCUGCCAUUAUACGGCUCAGCUGUUGGCUGCCCUCAACUACCUUCACUCUAACUCUGUGGUCCACAAACAGCUGGGGGCCUCCAGCGUCCUGGUAGACUCAGAGGGAACCAUUAGACUGACUGACUAUAGCCUAUCCAAACGCUUUGCUGAUAUCUGCAAAGAAGACAUUUUCGAACAAGCCCGGGUCCGUUUUUCGGAAGAUACAGCAUUGCCAACAAAAACUGGGAAGAAAGGGGAUGUGUGGAACCUGGGGCUGAUGCUGCUGGCGCUGAGUCAGGGCAAAGAGGUGAAGGAGUUUCCAGUUACUGUACCAAGCAGCCUGCCUGCUGAUUUUCAGGAUUUCCUCAACAGAUGUAUCUGCUUGAAUGAUGCUGACCGCUGGACAACCCAACAGCUUUUGGAGCACUCUUUCCUUAAGCCUCCUUCACCUAAAAACCUACCUCAGUACCAGGACAACAGCCCAGAUGAUCUGGCAGUGGACUUUGGGUCGACUGUUGUUCCCCGUAGCCACAUCCUCGAUGCUCCCUUCAGCUCAGGGCUACAGAGGCAGUUUUCUCGCUACUUUGAUGAGUUUGAGGAACUGCAGCUUCUGGGAAAAGGAGCCUUUGGAGCAGUAAUUAAGGUUCAAAACAAACUGGAUGGUUGUUACUAUGCUGUCAAGCGAAUCCAGGUCAAUCCAGCCAGUAAACAGUUCAGGCGAAUCAAAGGGGAGGUGACACUGCUCUCCCGUCUGAACCAUGAAAACAUUGUCCGCUAUUACAACGCCUGGAUCGAGCGGCACGAGUUGCCCUCCACGGGAGUGCUGAGCAACAGUGACAGCUCAGAGCCUCAGAGCACUCCAUGUAAACAUGUGCAGCGCUGUGAUCCACCGCGGCGCCUCAACGAGCUCGGCCUGCCUGACAACGUAGAGGACCUCGCCCCGCCCUCAGCUCUGUCGAGCUCUGUGGAGUGGUCCACCUCCAUUGAGAGGUCCUCCAGUGCCAAGUGCAGCGGACACCAGUCGAGUGACGAGGACGAAGAUGACUAUGAUGACGAUGUAUUUGGUGCAUCGUUUUUGCCUUCAGAUAGCGAAUCAAGGAGUGACAUCAUCUUUGAAAAUGGGGAUGACAGCACAGAUGAGAUGUCCCAGAUGGAGCCAAGAGAAACGCCGGCGACAACCGACACAACUGGGACCUCAGACUCUGAUCGCCAUCUUUCUAUAGCGCAUUACUUGUACAUACAGAUGGAAUACUGUGAAAAGAGCACUUUAAGAGACACAAUAGAUCAAAGUUUGUACCUGGACAGGAAUCGGUUAUGGAGGUUGUUCAGGGAGAUCCUGGAUGGUCUUGCUUACAUUCAUGAGCAGGGUAUGAUUCAUAGGGACUUGAAGCCUGUGAACAUCUUCCUUGAUUCCCAGGAUCAUGUGAAAAUCGGAGACUUCGGCCUGGCCACAGAUCAUCCUGCUAAUGUUGCAGCAGGUAAAUUUGAGCUGGAAGAUAGCGGCUCUGUUGGGGCGCCCAAACCAGACCCUUCAGGUAACAUGACAGGGAUGGUUGGAACAGCUCUGUACGUCAGUCCAGAGGUCCAGGGUAACACCAAAGCCACAUAUAACCAGAAAGUUGACCUGUUUAGCCUGGGUAUCAUACUCUUUGAGAUGUCCUACAGGCCAUUUGUGACCGGUGCAGAGCGCAUCUCCGUCCUGAGCCAGCUACGGAUGGAGUCAAUUUCUUUCCCAGAAGAUUUUCCUGAACAUGAGCAAGGAACCCUGAGGAAGGUAAUAGAGUGGCUGCUGAAGCACGACCCGGCCCUUCGACCCACCGCUCAGGAGUUGCUGAAGAGCGAGCUGCUGCCGCCGCCUCAAAUGGAGGAGUCCGAGCUGCAUGAGGUGCUGCAGCACACCAUGGCUAAUAUCAACGGCAAGGCCUACCGCACCAUGGUUGGACAGUUGUUUUCACAAAACACCUCACCAGUCAUGGAUUAUGCUUAUGACAUGGACAUGCACAAGGGCAGCUUCAACUUUGGCAGCGCCAAAUUGCAGCAGCAUGUGUACGAAAGCGUCACCAGAAUCUUUAAGAAGCACGGUGCGGUACGUCUUCAUACGCCACUGCUUCUGCCCAGAAACAGGAAGUUGUAUGAUGGCAGUGAGCUGGCCUGCUUCAUGGACCACAGUGGAAUGCUGGUCACUCUGCCCAUUGACCUUCGUAUGGCGUUUGCAAGAUUUGUUGCCCGAAACAAUAUAACACAACUGAAGAGGUACUGCAUUGAACGUGUGUUCCGACCCAGAAAGCUGGACCGCGCCCAUCCGAGGGAGCUUCUGGAGUGCGCCUUUGACAUCAUCACACCAGUCACCAACAGCCUGCUCCCUGAUGCAGAGACCAUUUACACCAUCUCUGAAGUAGUCCAGGAGUUUCCUGCUCUUCAGGAGAGGAACUAUAACAUCUAUCUGAACCACACCAGCCUGCUGAAGGCCGUCCUGCUCCACAGCGGUGUCCCAGAGGACAAACUGAGCCAGGCAUCCAACAUACUCUGUGAUGCUAUGAAUGAAAAGCUGACCAGAGGUGAAGUGGAAGCAAAGUUCUGCAACUUCUCUCUCUCGACCAACAGUCUCCAUACACUGUAUAAGUAUAUAGAGCAAAAGGGCAGUCUGCAGGAGCUGGCGCCGCUGCUGACAUCGCUGACCAAACAGAAGACAGCCGUCACUCAGCUGGCAAAGCAGGGCAUCAAAGACCUGGAAGAGAUCAGCGUCCUCCUGAGGAGGCUGGGCGUUAAACUUAGGGUGGUGGUCAACUUGGGUUUGGUGUAUAAGGUCCAGCAUCACUCUGGAGUCAUCUUCCAGUUUGUUGCUUUUAUAAAGAAACGCAAGCGAACUGUACCCGAUAUUGUAGCUGCCGGAGGACGCUAUGAUCAUUUAAUCCUGGAGUUUCGUGGACCAGCUUCAAAUGUGCCUGUCCCCAGUGCUGUGGGGGCCAGCAUUGCUCUGGAUAAAGUCUACGCAGCAAUGGCCAAUUCGGAGGAGCCAGUGACAGCGAGUUCCUGCGAUGUUCUGGUGGUCCCAGUGGGACAGUCCUCAAUGUCCAAGGCCAUCAGUGUUGUCCAGAAGCUGUGGAGCACUGGGGUUUCUGCAGACAUUGCUUAUGAUGUAUUACAGUCCCAGGAGACACUUAUGGAGCACUGCAGACUGGCUGGUAUUACAUGCAUGGCUCUGGUUUGUGACAAAGAUGGAAACUACGUUAAGGUGAAAUCCUUUGAGAAGGACCGACAGUCUGAGAAGAGAAUUCCAGAGUCGGACUUGGUGGACCACAUCAUUCAGAAAUGUCGGACCAAAUUCUUUGACGAGAGAAGCAUCAGAGAAAUCUCUGAGAGCAUGAACCUCCAGAAUCCUAAAGGAUCACAGCUAAACAACACUGGCUCUUUGGAGCAACAUGGCAGCAGCAGCAACACCAACAUGAAUGUGUACGUCAUCAGCCCAGAGAAAGUUUCUGCGAGCACAAGAAGACGAUAUGAGACUCAGAUUCAGACCAGAUUGCAGAAUCUGGGGAGCAAUUUGCAGAACAAAAGUAAUGACAUCGAGGUCCUUGCAGUGGAUCUGCAGAAGGAAACGCUGAUAAACUUCCUGUCCCUGGAGUUUGACAGUGAAGAACAGUUCAACAGCAGCGUCAAGACUCUACUGUCUCGCCUCCCGAAGCAGCGCUACCUGAAGUCUAUCUGUGAUGAGAUCCACCACUUUAAGAUUACAAAAAGGGUGGCUGUGGUGGUCUUGUACAGCUAUAAAGACGACUACUACAAGAUCCUUUUGUGAGAACCAAAACGACUACCGGCCAAGAGAAGGAUUUCAUUUUGCUGUAGGUGUAGCAGGUUUUCAAAGACUAAUUUAUCCUUGGAUCUGCAGAGAUUGCUCAAGAAUUGAAAAGGUUUUCCAUUUAGGGGAACUGGCAAACCUCAAGGAACAAAUCACUCUCCUUUUAUCAUCUUAAAUAGUUUUUCAGCUUCUGAGCCAAACUUUGCAUAUUUCCCAAAAACCUUUGAAUAUCUUCUGUUAUUGAAAAGAGGUUCACCAAAUGUGUUGCCUUAAUACAAAUUGUAUAUUUUGACAACAAAAGGGCUAUUUGCUGCAGAUAAUGUGACAUAAAUAUAUUCUAGAAGGAAUAAAUCUUUUUUCCACAUGC